CUGUGCGGACGCUCUCUCACUGCGCUCCUCUCAGGCACUAACAUCCGAGACACACCAGCCAUCAGAAGUAGUCUAAGUCGAAGAGGUCAAAAACAAAGCGGGAUUAAACCAUCCAAAAAUAUCCUGAAAAAGAAAAGAAACGAAGGAAUAUUUAGACGCCGAACAACAGGAAGGAAUACAACUUGUUGGUCGUCUUAUUUUUGAAACCUUUCUUCUAAACAAAUCACUGGAAGUUCAGACAUCAUGAGGAUUUUGGCUGUUGUGCUCCUUCUGGUUCACGCCUUGGUGUUGUCCAGACUGGCCAGCGGUGCUGCAGUUGACAGGUAUGAGAGCGACAGGCAUCGGGACAUAACUGUUAUCAACUUUUUGGACACAACCAAAGACAAAAGGAUAGAGGAGGAGAGCAGAAGCGCAGCAGCAACAACAAUGGAGAAAAGUGAGGAAGAGGAGGACGAGGAUUAUGAUGAUGACUAUGACUAUGUAGAGGAGUAUGAAGAUGGCAUGUCUGGAGACUAUGAUGUGGAACAUCCACAAGUUGCCAUGUCGAGCAAACCUAAAGACCCGUCUGCCAUCCUGGAGUCGGAGAGAACUGAAGAAAAGAGAAGAAGGGGAAAGGGAAGAAAGAGAGGGAAAGGCAAGGGGAAGAAGAGGAAUCCUUGCCUGAAGAAGUACAAAGAUUUCUGCAUCCACGGCACCUGCCAAUACCUGAGGGACAUCCGUGCCCCCUCCUGUGUCUGCCAUCCGAGUUACUCCGGUGAGAGGUGUCAGUUCUUCACGCUGCCCUUAGAGAAGCCUCAAGAGGGUUACAACCGGACCACAGCCCUCGCCGUGGUGGCAGUGGUGCUGUCGUCUGUUUGCCUCACCAUAAUUGGCCUUUUGUUAUUGCUCAGGCAAAGAAGCGGAGAUUCUACCUCAAAAUAAAUAUGAGAAGUGACCCUGAAGGGAGGUCCUAGAGGGUAAAAGGAUUGUACAUGAAGAAGGGAACAGAGGUUGCUGUGUGCCUGACCCUCUGCCAGAUGUUCAGAUGAAAAAAAGGACACCUGAACAUUUUCCUGAAGGCCUCGGAAAAGAAGAUGGCCCGCCCGAUAACUGGAAUACUUACGGCUCAGAGGAUGGACCGGAGAUGUGGCAAACGAGAGGUGAAAAGCACAAGAAGAAGAAGAAGAAGAAGAAGAAGAAGAAGGAACGUGUCUAGACUCUGUGCUGCUUCUUGACUGUGUGAAAAGAGGUCCUUUCAGACUGAACUGAAACAGAAAAAAAAAAAGGUUUUCGAAAACCAGAGUUCAACCUGGAUUUUUUUUCUCCACAGACAACGUUUUGUAUUUUCCUGCAAAAGUCCAUCUUUUAUUUUCUUUGUGUACAGUAAACGGUAUAUUUAUAAUUUUAAUUUAUUUAUUUAAGCUAACUGUAUUUAUAGAGAUUUAACCACCUACAACACGUUUUAGAAAUAAAGAUGUUACAGUUGUUUUUAUAUUUCCUAUCGGAAGACUUGAUAUUUAUUUAUGAAAAAGAAAAGUAAGAAAUGCAUUAGCUCCUUGAGAAAUGAUGCGUAAAUAUCUGAUUUCGUUAAUUUUGGCACUCAGAAGAUGAUCAAUAGCACUGUGAUUAAUAGAUUGAUCAUUAAAUUGACAUGAUUUUCUUUUAUUUAGGGGGAUUUCACAUAGAGAAACACCCUGAUCAUGCUCACACAGUUACACACUUAUAAACUUUAAAGCAACCAGUUGGAUCUGUGAGACACUGAGCAGCUCCAUUGUAAAAGUUGAAUGGUUUAGGGCCUUGCUUAAAGGCACAUCAUCAGUGAAAAUGAGGCACUAUCCACUCCCAAAACUCGCCAGCUUUUGGGGAUCCUUAGGCCACAUGAGGCUUGGAGUUCGGCCUAACUGUCAUAGUGAAAGAUCAAUAUCAUUAAGUUACAUUGCACUGGCUGUGUUUGAAUAAGAAGCAACAUAAAAGCUGCACUCUUCAUCUGUAAUGUUAAGAGACUGUAAGAAGGGAGUCCAUUGAACUGUAUGAAUAUGUCGUCUUAUCAUCAUUAUAAGAGAAACUCCCUCACUUCCAUGUUCAGCUGUCAAGCAAAAGAAAUGUGAAUUCAAGUGUUCCACCCUUUCAAAUCCUGUCCUGCAGUUUUGAAGUGACUGUUAUUUAUGUAACUUUUUCAGAUCCAAAAUAAAAAAGAAUUAUCUGAAUUUU